CUUUGUUGGAAAAUCAGUGUAAGCCAUACAUAAUCAGAACCAAUAGAAGUAUGGAAUAAUUUUUUGGUCAGAAAGUGUGGUAGACAAUCGAACAAAAAAGUUGCAAAACUGCCUAGUAUCUUCUAAAUCCAACAACACUGAAACAGAAGAAGAAACCAAUGGGCAAUAUCUUUUCCUCUUUGUUAUCAAAAAAAAAAAAAAAAAUAGCACCACCAAUGGAACCUUCUAAAUCCAACAACACUGAAACAGAAGAAGAAACCAUAUCCUUCAACAGAAAAAGAGCACGCCGCGUUAGCUUCGCCGACAAUGAAAUCACCUCCGUCCACAUCUUCCGCCGCCGUAACUCUACUGACGGUGAGGGUGAAGCGGUUGAUCAUAGAAACUCCUUUCUGCAACCAAUUGGUUCUCCUUCUCCUGGUGGAAGCAGUAUCAACGCUGAUGACGACACUGAUGAUGACGAAUUUGGUGGUCCUGUGUCGAUGGAUUUCAUCAAACCGGGACGGUUAUCGGAUUCUGGUGUCUCCGACGACAUCACGAUGGACUCAACUCCUUUUUCGAUGCAUUACCGGAGUCUAGCACGUUCAGAUUCAGGGGAUCUGAAGACGCCGACUAGGUUUGAAGCGACGGUGAGCACACCUGGUCUAAGCAGUGCUACUCCGGGGAGUUUCAUGGAACUCACUGAUCGUGAAAAGAGAGUGCCUCAGUCACCGGUGGUGGUGAGUGCCAGCGGGGACUCAGAUGCCAUGAGCAUUGAAGGGGAACAGCCAAAAACCUAUGAUUAUGGAAGACUCUCUCCUGGGUUGGUUGCAAUUUUGGCACAGGGAAGCAAGGAUUUGGAUGGUGUUUCCCCAAUAGGUUCAAAAGCUACGCAUUCACCAAUUGCAGUUGCUUUUGGGUCUUCGACCAAGAAUACUAAGGAGUUUGUUAAUGACGAAACUCUGUUAGCUUGUAAACAAUUGAACUCUGCUAAGGCUAAUAGAGCAACCCCACCAAAUAUGGAUGAAGGCGAUAAGUUAGCCACACAUUCACCAAUUGCAAAUCAUAUGGAAGUUUUACCCAACAUGGAAUCCUUAGUUAACUCUCCUGUUCAUCAAAUCACCCAUGAUACUACAGUUGCUUCUGCUUUGGAGUCUUCAACCAAGAGUGCAUUGAAGGGAAAACCGGCUACGAGUCCUCCUAAUAGAUUUCUAGAUCUUAGCAGUCCUAUCCAAGAAGCAACAACUGCGUUACCCUCCCUGCAAGAGCCUCCUAGUGACAUCCAAGACUUGUCUCCCUGGAUUAAUUCUGAUGGGCAUGGUGUUGAUCUUGAUAACAACCACCAUUUGACAUUCCAAGUAGCUCAGAGCCCUCUCAAAACUGGUAUUGAGGUUUCUUCCGGGGAGAAAAGGAAUGAUGUUGAUCUUGAUAACAACUGCCAUCCGGCACUCCAAGUAUCUCACAGCCCUUUUACCAAAACCGGUAUCGAGGUUUCUUCUGGGAAGAAAAGGAAAGGUGUCGAAUUAUUAAGUGAUAUUCGAGCCUUGUGUCACAGGAUUAAUUCUGAUGGCCAUGGGGUUGAUCUUGAUAACAACUGCCAUCCGACACUCCAAGUAGCUCAGAGCCCUCUUACCAAAACUGGUAUCGAGGUUUCUUCUGGGAAGAAAAGGAAAGGUGUCCAGUUAUUAAGUAAUGGAGAUGAUAUAGAGAAGACAGGGAGGAUUGACAGAAAUCAAGAGGUUCAUAAAAGUGGGGAUGGAGAUCUACAGUUUGUUUUGGAGCAAACAAGUAUGAGAAGUGAAAGAGAAAAGUUUGGUGAUCAGAAGUGGAAUGAUUUCGAUCAUGUUCUAGAAAGAUUCUCAACCAGCACAAAACAAUUGCUUUCUCCGUCAUUUGACAAGCUAAAUUUCAGAUUGAUCGGCACACUGGAAGAUAUUUUGGUUCGUCUGCAGAAAGUUAAGAAAUGGGAUAUUCUUUCUUCUGAAAUUCAUUCUCAGAAGAAAUUAACGGAUCCUCUAGAUAUUCCUAGACACAAAAGAGUUGUGGAAAUGAAAUUGUUGAUUUUUAAUAUAGCAUAUGAGAAGGCUAAGCUACAAUUAAUGAAUGUUAAGCGUGAGAGAUUACUGGAAAAAGUACAACAGCUGAGUUCUGGGCUUCAAGAGACUCAGAUGAUGAAAAAUUCCAUGCCAUGUUCUGCUAAGACUAGACUGGUUGACAUUCAAGCUGAUGAUAGUCAUAUCAAUACAAAAAAAUUUAAUUCACAAGGAAAAUGUCAGGACCUUGCAGCUGAAUUCCCUAAGCUUGAACCAGAUGGUCUUGAUCUUCUUUCGAGAAUGCUUUGCCUAUGCCCAAAUAGCAGGAUUUCAGCUGUGGAAGCACUUGAACACCCAUAUCUUCGACCUUGACCACCCAUGAUGAUUGAUGAAGCUGAUCUUGUUUCAAGCACCCCAAGAUUUUUUUUUUCUGUUUUCCGUAGUACAUUUUACAGAACAAUCUUGUAGAAUAUUAGGUAUCCUAUUGGAUAUAUCAUGUGUUAAGGCAAUGACAAGAACUGGAGGCAAACAAAAUUUAGCAAUCUUAUAAAACCGUAGUAAUAAACUUUUGUCCUAUUAAUUGCCUAAUUGCAUGUGA